AUGAGCGUUCCUGAUGGGGUCCGGAUCCCUCUCCCCCAAUCCUGCAACCUCACUACUCCAGACGAUGCCCUGGGAGACCUGAACCCACAGCAGUGCCAGAAGCUUCUAGAGGAAACCCAAGGUGACGCACGUGAUGGCGCAGACAAGUGAGGGCAGCUUGGAGACGUCGCGCUCCCACCGCCCCAGGUUCCGGAGGAGGGGGGCGCACCCCAGGACCCCACAGACUGCGGUCCUGCUCCCCAGAUCCCAGUCGCUGGGGGGGGGCAAGGUCAUGGAGCCGCCAAAGUGGGGCGGGAGGAGGCCAUGCCACCCAGGGAGGAUGUGGAAGCAGGCUGCCUGAAAAAUGGCUUUUGGAGUGAAACCGGUAGGGAGAAGGCCCUAGAGACCUGUGGCACAGGGCGGUCGGAGUCUGAGCCGAUGGCUGGGGUGAAGGCUGUGGAAGUGAAGACUGAAGAGGGCCCCAUCUUCUCAGAAGCAGUGGACGAGGAGAGGGCUGAAGUGGAAGAGAAGCCAAGGGGUGAAGUGGUGGAGGAGCACAAAGGGGUAAAUGAGGUGAAGGAUGGGCAGGGCCCCUGGCCCUGAGUGAGGGUCUCCACCAGAACCCCCCAGGAGGCCAUCCAGCUGCAACCCCACACUGUGAACCCUCGGGCUGACCGCGCCUUCCUCCAGUUGGGGCGCAAGUUUGGGCACAUACGUCAACCCUACCGACAGCGGAGGAACCACAGAAUUCAGAACAUGCCGCGCUUCUGGGUCACUGCCUUUCCGAACCACCCGCAGCUGUCUGCUCUGAUUAGAGGCAGAGUUGCAGAGAUGUUCAGGUACUUAACCAAUUUGGAGAUGAAGGAACUCAGACAUUGUAGGAUAGGCUGCAAGUUCUUCUUUCGAAGAAACCCAUUUAGAAACCAGUGGAUUGUGAAGGAAUACAAGGUCAGAUCCUCUGGCCAAGUGGUGUCUCUUUCCACUCCCAUCAUAUGGCACCCGGGCCAUGAACCCCAGGCCUUCCUUCAGAGGAAGCAAGACCUCAUGUGCAGCUUCUUUGCCUGGUCUUCAGACAACAGCCUUCCAGAGUCUGACAGGAUUGCUGAGAUUAUCAAAGAGGACCUCUGGCCAAAUCUACUGUAAUACUACCUACUGGAUGAAGGAGCCUAUAGAGCUAGACUUCCCCAGAUAAGGGAGCCAGUGGAGAUCCCCAGGCCCUUUGGGUGCCAAUUUGGUUAA